AUGCAGCACGAGGGCCCCAAGCUUGAUCAUCCUAGAGACAUCGCAGGCCGGCGCUUGCUUGUGUUCCAAAGAGCUGAAUUCCAAGUCCUGCCCGAGUUCGCUUCUGCCUGGCUCCGCGAACGGCUCUUUAAGCAAAAGCCGGAAUCGUUUCCCAUUCCCGCUGCUCCCACUCGCGAGUUCUGCGUUGUCCUCUUUACCUCCAAGAUCAAAGCAACCGUCGAGAGUAUCGGUAACAUGAUUUGGUGGGAGGAUAGCCAUAACACGGCCGGUCCGGUGACCGCAGCGGCCAAGCGGUCACUCCUUCGCCUCAUCCCACACGUAAUGCCUGCAGGCGACGACGAGGACCUCUUAUACCACUUCGUUAUGGACCACGGCGACUUUGGCGUUCACAACAUCUCGAUCGCGAUGGAUGCAAACAGCUAA